CAGAAUCAGACACUCGGGACAAUAUAAACUCACCAUCUCUAGAGAAAAGAUCAAGACAAAAGACAUUUAGUGUUGCUGUCAUUAGCGUGGCUGAUGAGACGGAUGGAGUGAAGUCAGUGUCUGUGUCGGAGGGAGAUCCUGUCACUCUAUGCAUUGAUGCUGAAAUUCACAAAGAUGCUCUGAUGCUCUGGAGGUUUGGAGAUCAAGGAAUCCUCCUCGCUAGAAUCGAUACUGAAUCUAGUGACGUCUCAUUAAACGAUGCUGAUGAUAGGUUCAGAGGUCUUCUGCAGCUGAAUCAGAACGGCUCUCUGACUAUCAAGAAGAGCAGAAGUGAACACGCUGGACUUUAUGAGCUGCAGAUCAGAGGCCGUGAGAGCGCCACAGCGAUUCCUUCUUUCAGUCAAUGCUGUCCAAGAUCCAGGUCUUUCUUCAGGUGCUGCAGCAGGAGUUGUGUUUUUGUUGUUUUAGUUUCAGUUUUGCUGCUUGUGGCUGCAGCUUUGGCUCUCAUUUACUAUCGCCACAAGAUCUCUAAAUUAACAAAGCAAAUGGCUGUGGCAGGCGAAGAGAAGGAAGAGACAGUGAUGGAGGGAGAUUCUCCAACUCUACGCACUGGUCUUACUGAAAUAAAUGCUAAUGAUAUGAUAGAGUGGUGCUAUGAAGCUAAAGACAAUUGCAUUGCUCAAAUCAAUGGAGAGACCAGAAGAACAUCUUUAUCUGAGGGUGCUGAUGGGAGAUUCAGGAGUAAACUGAUGCUGGAUAAUAUAACUGGAGAUCUCACUAUCAGCAAUGUCAUAACCAUUCACUCAGGACUCCAUAAACUAAACAUAAUCAGCAACAGCAGAAAAACCAAACACAUGAGAUUCAUUCUUACUGUCAGUGUGAAGUCCGUGUCAGUGAAGGAGGGAGCUUCUGUCCUUCUCCAGACUGCUGCUGAGAUUCAGAUGGAGGAUCUCAUACUGUGGACGUUUGGAGCUCAAAACAGUCUCGUCGUGAAAAGUGAUUCAGGAAAGACGAGUACUGGAAAGCAAUUUAUAGACCGACUGGAUCUGAACAUGACGACUGGAUCACUGACCAUCAGAAACAUAAGAACCACCGACUCUGGACAUUUUAAACUGCAAAUCAUCAACAACGAACAGACCACAAUCAGAAGAUUCAAUGUGACUGUCACUGACUCCACAUCUGAAGGAGCGAGUGAAGAAACGACUGUCGUGACGCCGCUGUUGAACGGAGAAGUCACUGAUGGAGGGAACGAGUGGCAGGCGACGAGUCCAGUUUGAUGAGACAAGACACGCCCACAGCUGGGACAUCAUCGGCAGUCCCGCUCAGCCGCAUGAAAGAGCUUGGAAAGAGGUUCUAGUGAAUUAUUGCGUGAUUACAAACAUUUAACCCACUUGGAAAAAUCAACCCAUGGCAACAGCUCAAAAGUAGCCCAAUUCUGUAGAAUAAAACGCAGACUUGGCAACCCUGCAUCCAAGAAGAACUGCAGGAGUCAGAUUUAACUGAUCUCAGGUCGAAAGUAAGGAGAGAUGACUGACAAGACCACGCUGGAGUAUUUGCUGCUCAACAGAUCCUGAGCUCACUGACAAAUAUCUAAUCUUAUAAAAUGUGCUCCGUUUACACAGAUUGCAUGUGACCGAGAAAAGUAAAUAGCUAGCAAACGCUCAUUUACAAAUAUUUAAAUACACCGCAUACUCCUUGAUGCACCAGAAUUAUAAACAAUCUUAGACUGUUUAAUGGAGUGGACACGGAAAUCUCGGAGAGAAACACGUGUCGCGGGAGCAGACGGGAAUGGUCAGAGAUUCAGCGGGAGCGGGAUUCAGAAACAGACGAAUCCCAGACAUUUCUGGCGAUUAAGAAAUCCCGACCGGAAGCAUUUUUGUAGGUCCACAAAGAGGACAUGUCCAGGAAAAGAGGACUUAUGGUCACCCUGGUUUUAGGGCACCAUUUUUUCCAUAGUAGGAUAAAAAUACUGUAGAAGUCAGUGGUGCCCGAGAACUGUUCUGUUUCCCACACGCUUCAAAAAUAUCAUCCUUUGUGUUCAGCAGAAGAAAUGCAUUUAUACAGGUUUGAAACAAUAUGUUGUUUUCAUUUUUGGGUGAACUAUCUCUUUAAGUUGAUUCCACAAUCCUGCAGCCUCUUAUCAGCCUUACCUCUAUUUUGAGGAAUUAUCAGCGUUAAAGCAGAAACAAUCACUUUAUUUUUUCUCCCUUAAUCUUUUUCCUCUUUUUUUAUUGCCCUAUCGUCCUCCACUCUUGUUGUUAAACUGUGUGCGCUCACACUCCAGACCAGUGGGUGACGGAAACGCGCUUUUUAUUUUCCCCAAAACUGUCAAACCCACGAGAAGAAGAAGAAGCGCGCUUUGAACUGCUGUUUCAAAACAAGAUUUGAGACGUUUUCAAAGCAUCAGGAAUCCUUUAGAAGUGCAAAAGUGCAUUCAGAGCAGCAGGAGGAACAGAAGCCUGUGAAGACAGAGUUUAGUGAAGAUCACAGUGAGAACAAGAGAGAAGAUCCCUCACUUGAAUGCUCACUUGAAUUUAAAUAAGAAACACUGUAAACAAGAUAUGUGAUAGUGGUUAUUAUUAUAUUCUAACUAUUAAUAAAUAUAUAUUAUCAAUAUAUAUUGAAGAUAUCAUUCCAUAAUCCGGUGAUUAUGCAGUAGACUGAUUCCAGGUUGUUCGUUAUAUUCACAGAAGUAUGAAACCAAAAAAGCACAUGCUUUUGAAAUUAAAAACCAAUAAAUUAAUUAAUUUAAAAUAAA